AUGUCAAGCAAGAAGAAACACAAACGAAAACACAGCGUCAGUGAUGAAGACGACGAUGUUUUCUACUACCGCUACUGCGCUUCGUCCUCAACCCCCAACACCACCACCGGCACCAUAUCCAGUAAUCAAACCCAAUCAAAACCGAACAACAAAGGAUCAUCAAUAGGAGGAACAGGUGAACCCUUAGCACCAUCAAAAUCGACGCUAUACGUUUCUAAUCUAGAUUACUCCCUAACAAACUCCGAUCUCCAUACGCUCUUCUCUACUUUCGGCCGCAUCGCGCGUGUAACCGUUCUCAAAGACCGUCACACGCGCCUAAGCCGCGGUGUCGCGUUUGUCCAAUUCGUUUCUCGUAAUGACGCCCAACGCGCCGUGGUGGAGAUGAAUAAGAAGAUUCUCAAUGGAAGGACUCUAACUGCUUCUAUUGCUGCUGAUAGUGGACGUGCUCCGGAGUUUAUUUGGAAGCGCGUGCCGCGGCCUCAGCCUAAGAAUCCGCGACGGGGAUUUAGUGGGCUGAGGGAUAGGGAUGGGGAGGAGGAAGGUGAUGAGGAGGAGGAGGAGGGUGGUCAGAUAGCUGCGGAGCAGUUUAACGAUAAUUGGGCUUCUGUUGUGGAUGAUGAAGCGGGUGAAAGGUUGAUGGGGAGAAACACAAAUGAUGAUGAGGGUUUGGACAACAACAAGACGAAGAAGAAAGGGAAGAAAGCUGGGUAUUUCAGUGAUGAGAGUGAUCAUGAUGAUGAUGAUUGA